AUGGCAGCGCAAGACCUCUACAACGAGAUUCUGAAGAAAGUGUUAGAAUUUGUCCAGGCGAACUUGGACAGAUUGGCCAACGAAGCCAAAAGAACAAACGACAACCAUGAAGAAACAAUGAAGAUCCUAAGGGAAAACUUCAGUCCAAAUUCUGCCAGACGAAGGGGCAGAACAGAAAACGCAGAGCCAAGCCGUCAAGGGCCAACCAGAAGGAAAAAUGAAAGAAGAAACGAAGGGAAAAACGGUGGGAGAAACAAAAAGGAAGAAAGCCCAGAGAAGCAUGAACAUAGAAGAGAUGAUUCUGAAGAGAAAACCCGAGAGAAGCGCCCAGAAACGGCGAGAACCAGGACGACACCCGAAGCGGGCUCAAUUCUAGAAGAGAGGAGCGAAGGGAGAAGGAAAAGGAGGAUGCGCCACCGAAGAGCAAAAAACAGGACAAUGACGCAGGAAAAACGCAGUCAAAGAAAGAAGGGUUAA